AUGGCCACUCUCGACCUCGACGAGUCCUCGCUGGGAACCAAGGCUGGCAAGAUGGUUUCUUUCCUCCUGCCUCGCUCGUCCAUGGAGAAGUUGAGGAACAUUUACCCCGAAUACACCAAGAUUGACGUCAAAACACCACCACUCAGUGAUGAAGAACGAAGUGACAGCUCGAGUUUGCUUGAUUAUGACGCAGAAAAGGGCGAGAGCUCAGACUCGGAAGACAUGACAGACAUGUCAGCCCGUCAAGGUCGUGAUCUUGAACCCGCAAGACCUAAACGGACGGGAGCACAGCAAUUCGUCGACCUAGUAUGGAUGGGCCUCAAUGUCUUUAGCACCGUCAUCAUAGUGUUUCUGAACAAGACUGUCUUCUCCGACCCUCAACUUCGCCAGUGCCAAAUCUCCGUGGCGAUAUGGCACUUUGCAGCGACGACGAUAGUUCUAUACCUCUCGACCUGCCGGCCGUGUCAUGCCUUUGAGGCGAUCCGCCUUCCAAUCCGCCAGGUGCUGCCGAUAUGCAUCUUCUUCGCCGGGUUCUUACUGCUGGGGAACCUCUCACUGGCCCUCAACGACGUGGACUUUUACCAGCUGGCCAAGAUCAUGACGACGCCGACCGUGGUGGCUCUCAACUUUGUCCUGUUCCGCCGGUACAUUUCGUCGUCGGCACUGGCGGCCGUCGUCGCGUCGUGCGCGGGAGUUGGUCUCGUCUCGGCCAAGAGCUUCCAGACGAACCUCCCCGGCACCCUCGUCGCCACGGCCGCCUUCACCGUCACGGCCCUGUAUCAGGUGUGGAUCGGCAAGAAGAUCGAGGACCUGAAGGUCUCGCCGCCCCAGCUGCUGCUCAAUCAGGCCCCCGUGUCCGUCGCGCUGUUGUUGGUCAUCGCCCCCUUCGUGGACACGGUACCCGAUUUGAGCACGAUCCCGACCAACGUCCUAUACGCGCUCUUCAUGUCCGGGGUCGUGGCGAGUCUGCUCAACCUGUCCCAGUUUUUUAUCAUCGGGCGCACGUCGCCCUUGACCUUCAACGUCGUCUCUCAGGUCAAGACCAUCCUCAUCAUCGGCCUCAGCUGGCUGUCGACCGGGAAACAGUUGACCUUUGUGGAGAUCUUGGGCGUCGUCUUUGCUUUGGGAGGAGCGUAUGCUUAUGCUCAAGUUUCGAGGCGGUAA